AUGGCGAAUGCUGGCAACAUGUCGUUGGAUGACGUGAAAACUGAAGUGGGGAAGUUGAAACUCUACCCGUGCGACCCCCACGAGAUUUCGAACCUCCCGCUUGGCCCCCUGACGGUGUUGGAUCUCCCGAUUGUCGACAUGCCCAGCACAGGGAUGGCUAAGUGUUUCUUCGACAUCGUGAUGGAUAUUCCCGCGCUUGACCUCGCUAUCCUGAAACAGGACAAUGAAAAGUUUUGCGCAGUAAAAAUCAUCAACCUCAAAGACAAGGUGAAAGUCGACAUCGCUCGUUCUAUGUGUUACGGAAAGCCUUAUGUGGUGGAUUGGGCAGGCGAGGUUAAGACCAUGAAGAAAUGCGUGCACUUCAUAUUCGAGAAACUUGGUGGGCAUCAGUUUCGACAGCAUACACUUCGCACCGUCGAAGAAGGUAAGCCGGAUGUCGAGCGCACCCAAGCGGAGUGGGAUUACGGGUUUGAUUUCAUUGAGGAGAAAGGCCCUCGUGAUCAUGUCAAGAAUCGUGCAUUGAGAUGGAUCACUGUUCAGACAAGCCAGAAGGAUUCCCCCAUCUACAAGUGGUCGCCUGUUCUAGUGGAGAAAAGCCUUCGCAACCUUUGUCAAGACGGUGUCCUCGCAAAGGUCCACGAAGUUUGGCCCCUGACCCUUUACGACCUUGAUACACGCAUCCUCAAAGCCCUCGGCACAUUGUUCAACACGCUGCAAGAGAAGGCAAUCGGUUUCCAUGGGAUCCCCGGCAGAGGCAAAACCCCGGUGGCACGAACGAUAGCGAUGGCGCUCUCUCGGUAUUGGAUCGCGGAGUUGGGGCAGACGGGCAAGGUAAUCCCAUCAUUUCGCCAAGCAUCCGAGUUCGAUUUUUUCCGCGGCCAAACCGGUACGCUCACCAGGCCCGACAUAUUCGAUGACGGCACGCUUUCAGAGCAACCCUUCAAGAAAGUGAAAGCCUUUACAGACGUCGGAAACAUCGAAUCCAUGUCCAAGGAGAGGUGGGGGGCAGCUAAGUGGGUCAGGGGGCAGGCGAGAAUCUAUUGUGUGAACGACUUCGACAUCAAAUCCGAGCCAGCCCUCGACCAACCCCUCCUCGACAUCCAGGAAGGUCGUCACACCUACAUCGCACAUAAGGUUUUCCUCGAGAUGUUGGAAUCCGCAUGGUACAGCAAAGAGGCAUCCGAGUCGAAUGUGAUGGCUGUUUUGAAAAGAACGCAUAUCUGCGUCAACACCGCCACUUCGCUCUACAUCCGCCCGGCAUCCGAGAAUGAAAAUCCAGUGCUCCGCAUUCCAUUGGGUGACAAAACCGACUUUCUUCAUCUGGAUUCUCGCAUGGUUUAUGACUACCACAGGAAGGGAGGAAAGGAUUUGCCCGCAGAUUUCAACAAAAAGGUUGAGUGGGAAGCUGAUUGGGUUCGCAAGGCCAUGGCGGGUGAGAAAAAUUUGCCAAGCAGGCCAACAAUUCUGCGCAGAGUCAGUUUGUUCUCAAAUGUGGCAUCCUCCUCGGCUACACCUACAUACAACAGCGAUGAAACCACCUCCAGACUCAAUGCUGAGUUGUGUCGCAGUCUCACGGGUGAGUUUCCACAGCAUGUUCGUGAUCCUGUCCCGGUUCCUGUUCGUGAUCCUGUCCCGGUUCCUGUUCGUGAUCCUGUCCCUUCCACGGUUCCUUCGGUGAAGCUGGAGCAUCCUUCCACCCCAAUUAGAGUGAAGAGGGAGUCCACCCAGCAAGGCUUCGCGAUGCAAGCCCGUCGGGUGGCUGAUGAGUGUGCCGGUCGACCCAUCGAAAUCCAAGAUUCACCCUCCCCCAAGCCCAAGCCGAACUGUGUGCACUCCAUCAAGCAAGAGCUUGCAGUAAACUCCUUUGCUACGUUGGCCUCAACCCCUAACGGCCUCACCAUCGACAUCGAGGACACCCCCGAGAAGGAUGUGAAAGCAGAGGUAGGUAAGCCCAGUGCGGAGGACGACGACCUUGUCAGGGAUUUGGAGAUGCUCAUUGAUGAACAAGAAGCGAAUGGGGGCAAUGCGGACGGGGGAAUCACGGAGGACAAGGAGCAGGAAAACCACAUGGCCGACAUGGACGAAAGCAUGGCACACACCGAAAGCGGGGACCGCAACUCAAUGGGGUCGGACAUGGAUGUGGAUGAGUGA